AUGCUCUUGCUUCCUUGCUUCCUAGUCGUGCAGUUUGCCAUGGAGUUUGCGCGCGGUAUUUACAGUAAUGACCCUUGGGUUGUUCUUGGGUUCAUCGUCCUUGUUGUGGGCAUUGGCCUGAUCUUCAUGUUGUUGCUGACGCUCCUGCUCACACUUCUCAUGAUUCACCUCCCAUGCAAUUUGAUCAUGUUCUCAAUCUUCGACUCGUUCAUGAACCUUGGGAUGGUGUUCCUCGCAAAAGAAGGGAGGCCGCCGCUGCUCUCCUGGGGUGUGCUGAUCACUCCUCUUCUGAACUGUUGCCUGAUCUGGGAUGCCGUCAAGCUGAUCCAGCCGACGGAGCCAACAGGUGCAGUUAUGCUCUUCGAAGCCGCGGGGAGGGCUGUGCAUCCUAUGCAGAUUCUGUAA